AUGUUUCAAAUUAUCACUCCUCUCAGUAAAAUUCUGCAGGCCAAAGACAUAGAUCUUAUCGGAGUUAUUGAUUUAGUUAAAGAAAAAAUGCAACACUUAGAAACAUGUGACAUAGAAUUUUCCACUGUCCUCAACGAAGUAGAAGAGUUCAAAAAGUGUUCAAUUAACGAAUGUGAAGAUUUUAAGCCGAUUCCACAUAAUCGAAUAAGACGGGUACCACGUAAAGCUGACGAAAUAGCUGUAGACGAAGUUAUUGAAGACCCAUUGCAAAAUUAUAAAAUUAAAACAUAUUUUAUAGCAUUUGAUACAGCUAUUACUCAGAUAAAAGAAAGGUUCAAUGAAAUAUCCAGUGAUUUAUUUAAGGAUCUGUCAUUAUUUUCUCGACGUCGCAUGGAAGAAAUUUUUAAUGAUCUCAAUAAAUUGCCAGUUGAUGCAUUUAAAGUAUUUUCUGAUACAUAUAGUAAAUUUGUUGAUAAGGAAGAUUUAAAAAGAGAAUAUGUACAAUUCAUAAAAUGUUAUUUGAAAAUAAAAAAUAUAAUAAAUAUAAAUAUUGUUGUGAAUGCUAAGAACCACUGGUUACUUUAUAUGUAG